AUGGACACCCUGAAGGAUACGGAAAGCGAGGCAAAGCAAGCAUUGCAGACAACACUCACACUGAUUGAAAGGGUGCCAAAAUAUUACGUGGGUGUUCCACAGGCUUGGUUGUCAACUGUGAUACAAAUAUUAAGUUCAAAGUCCAAACUUGCAACAGACAAUAUUCUAUUAACAUUAAUGAAAAUCAAACUUAACGAUUCCUUUUUACGCUUAGGUCACAUGUUCGGAAUGUCUGCAUCGAGAAUAUUUACAAAGUGCUUAUUUCCAAUGGAAAAUUAUUUGAGAACCUUAAUUUUUUGGCCUUCAGCUGAAAAAAUUAAAUACUUUCUGCCGAUUGCAUUUAGAGCUCAUUACAGUAGUGUGCAGUCCAUAAUAGACUGUUUUGAAAUAGAAAUUGAGAAGCCAAAGGACUCUGUUAAACAAGCUCUUACUUGGUCCGAAUAUAAGAAAUGUAAUUCAUUGAAAUAUUUGAUUUCUUCAACGCCAGACGGUUUUAUUAAUUUUGUUUCUGAUGGUUAUGGAGGCAGGAUAAGUGAUUCUUUGUUGGUCAAAACAUGUGGAUAUUUGUCACUUGUUCCUAGUGGAUGUUCUGUAAUGGCCGAUAGAGGAUUCAAAGAUAUUGGAAAAGACCUUCACGAGCAAAAUUGUUGUUUAGUGAGACCUCCAAGCGUGUUGUCUUCAGCAAAACCGACAAAAAUUGAAGUUAUGGAAAGCAAAAGAAUAGCUAGCUUACGUAUACAUAUAGAAAGAGUUAUUAGACGUGUAAGGGAAUUUCAGUAUCUAAAACCUCAUUCUGUAAUUAAUCACAGUUUGAUAGGGCACACCGAUGCUGUUGUACAAAUUGCUUGUGCAUUAAUUAAUUUACAA